UGAUGUUUGCUCAUUCCACACACGCCCCCGCAUUGAUUUAUUAGAUGGGUGUCUGAAGAAUGUAACAUACAAGAACAAAAAGGGAUUAACAAUACAAUUACUAUAUAGUUAUAACAGGCAGUUGUUAAAAUGUGUAAUUAUACAAAUUAUCCUCAUAUCCUGUUGUCCUAAAAACACUAAUAUCUUUAGCAUGGUCAAAGCACACCAAGAUCUAUGUUUUCAGAGGGCAAUCAUGCAUCCUUUCUUUCCAUUGAGUAUCUUCCAGCCCAAUCUUUCCUAGACUUUGUGUAUGAAGGCCUUUGGAGGAACGUUCAUAAAUUGUUCAUUUCAACAGCUGAGCCAAUGGCUAUGGAGGACUUACUUCAAUUAACAGAAACCAGAGAUCUUGCAACCAAUACUAUUUCAAAAACUACAUGCUGCUUUUUCUCUUGAAGAUUAUCUGAUAGGAGAGAGUAAUGCUAUUGCUCUUCUGUAAGCAUAUUUGUUCUGUUCUUUAAUGUGAUACCUCAGUCAGAUCUUUAGGACCAUAGUUUGUGGUGGUGAUUACAAUUUACUUACAUACUAGUUUUCUGCCUACUACAAUCUGUUCUGGAGAGGGUGCUAACCUCCAAAGCAGAUUUGCCAUGUCUUGGGGAGUUGCAGGGGAGAAAUAGGAAGUCCCAUUUGCAGAAGCAGGAAGCCUGUUGCACAAGUAAGCAACUGCAAUUCAAUAUUGCCCAAUAUUAAUAGUUGCCACAAAAAGAGCCCAACAUCGUACCGUAUAUUUCCUAGAGGAGCAGUCUCCAAAAAAGCUUAGGAUAAAAAGGACGAUUGCCAUUGCCCUUAUGCCAACCCAGCAGGACGACCCACAAGACCUUCAAUAUCAAUUCACUGGGUUGGCUGCUGGUUUCAAGAAGUGGGAUGUCCAGAGACAAGAAAGUGUCAUGGCAGCAUAACAGCUAAAGAAGCCAAAAGGCAGCUGCACCAGCAGAGAUCCAGGGGUCGCCAACGUGGUGCCCUCUAGAUGUUGGUAGUUCUAGUCCACCGAAUGCAGAAGGAUCCCUUUAUAGCCAGAGUCGCAAUCUAGUUUGAGGCACGACCUGCAAUUAUCAGCCCUUCAGAGGUAACUGACACCGCAGACCGAGCCUGUGUGAGCGACUGGAGAACGAGGGAUUCCCUGCCGCCCCGCCCGGAAAGCGGCUCCUUCUUCCUCAGCGUCAAAACACCCCGUUCGGGCGAAGGCGCUCGGCCCGGCGCUCCCUGCCCUCCGAACGCCCGGAGGCGUCGCCGCGCCUGCGCAGUGCCGUUCUGUGCGCGCGGCGGCCGGGCGAGGAAGGAUAUCCGCAGUUGGGGACGGCCGGCCGGGCGAAAGCGCUUGCAGUACUGUCAUGGCGGCAGCCGAAGUAGGGUUAGACGGCGGGGGAGGCGGCGGCGCCGGCCUGAGGCCGGACGCCGGGACGCAGCGAGCGGAACUUAUGCCGCUGCUGGGGACGGCGCUGCGGCCGGGAGAGUCGUGGUGAGAAGGGCGGUUGUGGCGGGUGGGGCGGCGGGAGCGAGAGAGCGCGGCGGCUCCUUUCGCCUCUCGGUGUCAGGUUGAGAGCCAGGCCGCGCGCGCGCCGCCUCCUCCGCGCAGGCCCUCCGCGCGCUCGGGCUGUUGGCUUUCGAAUGCGGGUGCUCGGAAGGGGGGGGCAGCAGGAGGCGCGAGCUGCUCCCCCCGGGAGUUCGGUGUUGGUGGCAGGAAGAGGGCAUGUCGGUGCCGGCCGGGCCCUCCCGGUGCCGGUGCUGAGUCACUCUUCUUCCGCCCCGUCCCCUCCAGCAACUUCGUUCACCUUUCCUGCCUCCCGCUCCAACCCUGCCCCGUUUGUUUGUUUGUUUUAUUACUCUUUCUUCCCCCUUCCUCUUCUUCUCAAGGCGUAUUUCCCCCCCUUUUAUUGCAGGUUCCUAAUUGACAGCCGGUGGUUCAAGCAGUGGAAGAAAUACGUGGGCUUUGACAGUUGGGACUUGUACAACGUUGGAGAACCGAAUCUCUUCCCGGGACCCAUUGAUAACUCGGGGCUUUUUGCAGGUAAAGUUGUGUGGAGAGGGGAUUAGGAUUUGGAGUUUGGAAAGGACUGGGAAGUGGAGGAGGGAAAAUGUCACUGCAAGGUACUACUUUUUGGACUAUGUUCUGACAGUAAGGGAGCCAGUGCCCUUCCCCUCCACUCUUUCCCAGUACACUUUCCCAAUUCUUAAGUAGGAAUAUUAGUUUUUCUAUAUGAUAAGGCAGCUUGCUUUGGAAAAACUAUGAUGGAAUCUAGCAUGAUUGUCACAUCAGCAGUUACUGCAAUCAUAACUAGUAUUGUAACAAGUCUUAGAGGUUCCACCCUUAAAUAAGUGUCUCAUUCUUGGCUUCCACACCCUUCCUGUGGGUUUUUUUUUGUAUUUCUCCACUCAGCCUAGGCCUGAAAGCAGAUGAAUUUCCUUUUUUUGUAAAUGGAAACUGAAAGAGUUAACCGUUACAUCUGCUUCUGUGUUGUAAAUCAGUUGGUUGCAAAUCAUUAUUAGCUUCGUAUAUUGUGUCAUAGAACUUCAAAUCAUUAGGCAUAUCCACUGAAUUCAAACUUGUGUUUGAAUAAGUUUUUGAUUCGCCCCUUGAGCGCCAGGUGCACAUUGUUUCCUUGGCUUAGUACUGGUUCAGGUUUGUUGUGGCACAAAGUUGACCUUGGUAAGGUGAUAACUUAAAAUCUGAAGCCUGCUUCAUACAUGAUCUUUCAUUAUUUGGGAGACUAGAUACCUUGAAAUCGCAUUUUCCUGUAUUGCAAGAGGUUCCCAGUGGCAGCAGAAGCAGUGGAAAGAACACACCAUUCUGACAUGCCACCUCUCUCUAGAUACAGUCCUGAGAAAUAACACUUGAGCAACUCUUUAAAAGAUUUAAAGUAAUACAUAUUGUUGAUAGGUAGAGCUAUUUAAAUUUAGCAGCAAAAGGCAAUAUAGAUGCUGUGUUCCUCAGACCAGGGCUGGCUCUAGUCAUAUCAAAGAAGUGUUUCAGUUUAAAGCAUUGUAAAUUUAAACAGGGAAGACAGGUAGAGAAAAACAGGACUCCACACUGCCAUCUGGUAGUGCAAUGUUAUAUCUCACAUACAAUGCAUAUAAAUUGCUUUUUCUUUACCAGUCUAGCUGAGUCCCAGGAAAUCACUAGAAAGUGUGUACAAACAUAAAAAGUUUAAUUUUGCUUCUCAAAGUCUCUGGAUCAUAUUGGUAUAGGAAAGUCUUCCAGUUCUGCAUUGUACUUUUAAAUAAAACAUCAAAUACUAUACAGCUGGUUUUAUUUGAUUAAUAGUUUGAAAUUAUGUGUGGAAGGGAAGUCUGAAAUUAGAUUGUGAAAUAAUACCACUUGAGUCUCUUCAAGACUCACUUUGAUGUGGCUAUUUAAAUUACCUUAAGUUAGAUUUUCAAAAGUGUCUGUCACUUUGAAAGUGUGUUUCUUUUAUUUAGGAUUUCCAGGAGAACUGUUUAUCCUCCUGUUUAUUGUUAUGUUUCCUUUCCUUUUUAGACUCAGAAGCUCAGACUUUGAAAGAACAUCUCAUUGAUGAGUUGGAUUAUGUGUUGGUUCCGACUGAAGCCUGGAACAAAUUAGUAAAUUGGUAUGGUUGUAUAGAGGGUCAGAAACCAAUAGUGAGAAAGGUAAGUGAUAAUGAUCUUUAUGUAACUUACAUUGUUUUGCCACUUUGUGGAAUCAUGUGAAUUAUCUCUUGAGCUACCCAGAGAAAUGAACACUAUAAAGAAUAUUUAGGUGUCAUUUAACUGGUGCAUAGGAUAAUGAUAUAUUGUGUGAUGUAUAAGGUUGAAUAACUGGAAAUACAGGGUAGAAAAUGAACUGCUCUUCCCAGUAUUAGGAUGGCUCCUACAGUUUCAGAAUGGCUUUACAGAAUGUUUCUAGCUCCUUAGUAGAGGAGAAAGUUUCUCUUCAGUUGCCCUGUACUUUGUUGAUUAGUCAUUUAGCCAGAACACAGGAUGAAGUUAAAGGGUGGUAUCCAAUUGUGUCCAUCAGCUAGUGGGACUGGCUGUUCUCCUCUCCCUGCUACCCCUGUGGAUCUCAAAAAACAUUUUUGGAGGGUUGUGUGGAGUGAGGAGACUGGAGCAGGUUAGAGAGUGGGUUGCCAUGGGGAGGAGAGGAAAGAGAAGAACUGUUUACUCUUUGGAUAGGGGAAUACAGUAAAGGACACUCCACAUGACCCUUCUACCAGGAAUGCUUCUUUUCAGGGGAAGAGAUAACGUAUACUGACUUCAGAAACACAGCAGGACUCCAAGUAACUACACAAUGCAGAAAAUUGCUUUGUAGGCUGGAUCUUAAAUCAAAUAGUUAACUGUGCAAUAAAUAAUAUAUAGUACAUGCUAAUGCAAUCUGGUAUAAUUUUAAUGAACAAUGUAGAAAAGAGCAUGUGAUAUGUCAUAGGAAUAAUUCCAUUUUCAGAAUAAGCUAAACAUGCCCAUAUUGCUGCUAAAAUACAGUAUAUGCUUUUUAAAUGUAGGCCUUAAAAGGAAUGUGCAAAUGUAAAAUAGGAAGGGUAAUUCCCCUUUUUCUCCCUCCUCCCCCACAAAGCCCCCUUUCCCUUUUUUAGUUUUGUUUAGAUUGCAUUUAUUUUAACUGUUUGAUAAAAAGGUAAAGGUAAAGGACCCCUGACAAUUAAGUCCAGUCGCAGACGACUCUGGAGUUGCGGUGCUCAUCUCGCUUUAUUUAUCUACUUGCACUUUUUGGCGUGCUUUUGAACUGCUAGGUUGACAGGAGCUGGGACUGAGCAACAGGAGCUCACCCCGUCACGGGGAUUUGAACCACCAACCUUCUGAUCGGCAAGCCCAAGAGCCUCAGUGGUUUAGCAAAUUGCUAUGAUCCAUUACUGAUCUUUCUUUUUUCUUUUAUUGCUUUUAUUAUUGAUUGAAAUUGAAAUGAAAAACAAAACCAUCUCCCAAGUGUCUACCAAAUGAUUACAUAACAUUCAUUCCUUUCCCUGAGCCAGAAGAUUGUACCUAGUGUUAUGUGUUGGACAGCCAGGCAAAAACAUUGAGUAUAAAGCAGGGCCGGUGAAGCGUGUGACCUAUGGAAAGUUGACAGCAGGGGACGGCAAACCACCGUCCAAGGGCCAGAUCCAGCCCAAUUGCCCUCAGGAUCUGGCCCGCGGAUGGUCUGUGGAUCGUGUGGAUUCUGUUUGUUAAUUUUUUCUUCGUUAAUUUUUUUUCCUGCGCUGCCCUUUUUUGGGGGCGCCAUUUUCACCCCUCUCCUCAUACACCACAGCGCCUCCCCCCUCCUGGUGUAGAGGAGGAAGGGGAGCGGGCUGAGCACCAUUUUGGGCAGCGCCUCUCAAGAGCCAGCCAGCCCUUUCAGGCUGCUCAUCCCGCUGCCGCUGCUGCCAACCUCUGCCACUCGCAAGGGCAGGCACAGGAGCUGCAGUUGGCAGAGAGCAGCGCCUCUCCAGAGCCAGCCCGUCCUUGCACUGGCAGCACCAUAGGUAGGCAGGGGAAGGGGAGGGCCUGGGGGAGAGAGGGAGAGAGAGAGAAGCCUCUGCUGCGUGUGUGCGUGCAGUCUGGCCCGCCACAAGGUCUGGGGUACAGUGAACUGGCCCCCUCCAAAAAAAGUUUGCUGACUCCUGGUUUACAGGGCCAGAUAAAGAGACCUGGAUGGUCAUAUUCAGCUCUCCUGUUUUGUUGUGGUAGAAUUUUACAAUCAUGUUAAUGGACUCCCCAAUAAAAAUGGAGCUUCAACUUGUCAAGGCAUUUGAUGUUCCAGUUUUGUGCCAGUGUUUCCCAACUCUCCAGAGCAACUUUGGGUAGGCAGUUUGAGGAAAAGAGAUCUUGGUAAACCUGAUUUUGCCCUUUGCUGUUUGGGUCUUACCAGGGUGGAUUUGAUUUAAAUCAAAUCGAUUUAAAUCAUUAUCCAGUAAGACUUGAUUUAAAUCAUUUUUUAACAGAAAGACUCAUUCUUGCUGGUAUAAUCUUAAUAUUUACAACCAAAUGAAGGUUUCAUUUUUGGAAUAUUAAAUUUUCAGAGUAGUUUUUACAGUUAUAGCAAAAAUUACUGAUUUGGUUAUACUAUUAGAAAUACAUAGACAGAUGAUUAUGAAAUUAUUGUGAGGUUUAAUAAGUUAACAGUUUAUAUUUGGACAACUUUUCUGCUGUACUUUAUUGGAAGGAGAAAAAUGAUCAUUUCCUUAAUAACAAGUUAAACAAUUUAUUUAACUAAAACAAUAACAUUAUAGCAUAUGUAUCCAUGUUUGAUAACUGAUGAUGUUAAACAUGUUUUUAAAAGACUUAGACUGAGUUUUAGCACACAUGAAAAACUUAAAACAAAUCCUUAUUUCCUGAUGAAUAGCCUUUGGACUAUAAUGUAACUUAAAUAGAAAACUAUCUUUAGAAAGAAUUUUUCCUCCAAAAGCAUUUUAUUUUAAAAAUUCAAUUUAAAUUUAAAUUUUGUUUAUUUUAUUUAUUAUUAUUAUUUUUAAAAAAGCAUUGAUUUUUAUCCAUCAUGGGUCUUCCUCUUGGUUUGAAUAGCUAAGAAGAAUAGUUAACUAUAACCGUUGGUUGGUGUUGACUUCAGUGGAGCUAAUUUUGAAAUAAACACACUUGGGAUUGGGCUGUAGAAACCUCUGCAGGAUUAUCUGAAGCCACUUUGCCAGUUGUAGAACUAGAGUUAAAACCAAGGACUUCUGUUUUAUCUGAAACUCUAGAUGAUGGCACUGUUAUCUAUCAGGCCAAGAUAUGGAUACUUUGAGGCUGGAGCCUUUCAGUUUAGACUACAUAUUUGCUUUCAGAAUAGUUUGUUGUACCUACUUUACAGGAAGCCUUUUCUUCCUAGGUUGUGGAGUAUGGACUGUUUGUGAAGCACUGUAAAGUAGAAGUUUAUCUUUUGGAGCUGAAGCUGUGUCAGAACAGUGAUCCUGGUAAUCUUAUGAGCUCUUAUUUCAGCAAAGCAGACACCGUUGGUAAGUAGCUGUUUGCUAACGCCACAACACACCUUGAAACACAUCUACACCUAGUGGUGUCUAGUAAUUUAUUUAGAUCAUUAAAUGGGGCAAGUAUAUUUUACCAUUUUCUUUUUGCAAAUUUUGUUUUCACAAUCAUCUGAAAUUACUUCUUUUCCCCCUGUGAAAUGGUGAAUGCUUCUACUUAUCUGAUCCUCCUAUAGCAUUGCUAAACCACAAUUUCACUCCAGAUUUUAUUAUUUGUCCUUAGAACUGACAGUUACUCUUCAGCUUUAGAUGCUUCUGCCAUUGUUCAAACAAUCCUACCAGCGACUGGUUAUUUCAGUAGUAGUAGAAUGUCAGCUUCAAAUAACCCUAGCUGCAUUUUAAAUAAAUGAUUCCUUAUAUUUUAAAGUGAUAAUAUUUAGCUAUUCCAGGUAAUACAGCUAUAGUCAGAAAUUAAAUUUUACAGAAAAUUGGUAUGUACAGAUACAGUUAAUAAUUCACCAGUGUAAAAUAAUCCAGAAUUAGUAUACACCUUCUUGUUUAUUUAGCACUAGUAAAUAAGCACGUUUUUACACUUUGAACGAGCCACACCUCCCAACCUAGUCAAAAUACAGCUUGUAAUAACUUUGUCUCUUUCUUACCAGCUACUAUUGAAAAUGAAAUGCGAAAGCAGUUUAAUAUUCCUGACGGAAAAGAAAUUAGGCUGUGGAGCAGAUACAUGAGUAAUACUUAUGAGCAGCUAAGCAAACUCGACAGUACUAUACAAGAUGCGGGGCUCUAUCAGGGACAGGUAAGAAGUUCAAAUAUCAUAUGUUGUAUUGCUCACCCUGUGGGCUGUCGACAAGACUGCAAUUUGUAAAAAAAGUUGCAAUGGGAAGAAUUCAAGGUAAUACUAUUGGUGUCAUUCUGUCAGGGCCAGCUUUCCAGCUUGCCAGACAGAAUUAUUCCUCCUCACCACCACCUUGGCAUGCUGUUCUGGGGGUUCUUCUGACACCUGUACAAGCCAAUUUUGGGGCACGCGGGGGGGGGGAGCCCAACUGUGCUAGCAAGAGCUCUUGCUAGUAGGACUUGGAAGUUGGAUCCCAUCCCAUGUGAUUAUGAAGUCAUACAAAGUAUUCUGAAAUUUGAGCUGGUUUCUCAACUUUUUGGCCAGGUUCAGUCAAACGCCAGCCGUUGUGGAAGAGCUACUGCAUUCACAGCCUAGCAGCAAUCAUAUAGAGGCAGCUGCAUGUGGUGGCUGUUCCUGCCAUUGUGUGAUUUGUGGGCCUGAAAAAAACAAGUUGUGAUCAAAUUGCCACAGUAGUGUGAACAACUCUUCUGUGUAGAUGCUGAUUCCUUAAAUGGUAACUUGUAAAUGCUGCUGAGUCAAAAGCCUGCCAGAGCCUUCUGUACAUCCUAAGGUGUUAGCAUGGGGGUUAUUUAAUUGGGAAUCUCCUGUUUUGUAAGCACUGAUUUGCUUGUAUUUUUCUGCACGGAACCAAAGAAAGCCCAGAUCUAUAAGAUAGCACUCCCUUUACCUAGUUUUACUAUUAUUUUUCUUUAACUUUAAAGGUAGUGUUAAUAGAAGUGAAGAAUGAAGAUGGUACGUGGCCCAGGCAAUCUCAGACAAAGUAAGUUUUUCUCUAUUUAUGCUUUCCGUUUCUCUAUCUCAGUUUAGACAUUGCAAAACCUGAACACCAAACCAUGGUUUUGUGAUGUCUGAAUUGUGCCUCUGUCUAACUUUGGGUCUGAGAGGUGUCUCUAUCACUGUUUAACUUGGCAUGACACUGACUAUUUUGCUUCUUUCUCUAUUCUGUUAUUAUUACAUUGUGUUUAUUGUCCUGUUGUAUUUUAACUUGUUAGCCACUUUUGAGAGCUUUCAGGCUAAACAAUGAGAUAGGAAAUGCCCUAAGUCCUGUUACACUCAUUUUUCUAAAUUGAAGUAGCAUUGACUUAAAAAAUAAGUACCAAAAACAUACUUUAACGUUACAUUUCUACCUCUCAUAAUCUUGACGGAAUUAAUCUUAGUUUUACAAUAUUGAAAUAAUACUUUCCUUAAGAGGUAGUGAAAUGCGCAGCUCAGUUUUUUAAAAAACAGUGAAGAACUAUCCUAUGCACUGCUUCAUUCUGAACUGAGCCUGUUGCAAAGCCAUCUACAAUUUAAGCCACAUGUAAGGAUUCACCUAACCUGCCCCUACAAAAGAUUUCCACAGGGCUUUCGUCCCUUCUGCCUCCCACAUGCUCCACAAAUUGGCUUGGGAAAGAUCAGAAGAACUUCUAGCACAGUACAUGACUUGCAUAGGUGGAAUUAUUGGAAGAUGAAACAUUGAAUUCCACCCAAUGUAUCAGGCAUUACAAUUCUUACUGGCCCCUGACUACAGCUGCAGGUAGUUAAAAUGUUAGAGUAUUUACAAAUCACUGGUAGAUUAUGGCAAGGAAUAUCUAUUCUACUUAAGCCGUCUUUUUCAAAAGAUAAUCAUUUCAUUUAGUAGAUUAAUUUUAGUCCUAAAAAUCCUGUUGGUUGCCUUCUGUUCUGCAGGGAGGGGACAGAUUUACGCUAUGAGCAUGCAAAUAUGAAUCCGAGGCCUUGUACCAGUUAAGAUUAGUAGUCUUGCUAGCCUAGUACUAAUUACAAUGAUUGAAUGUGGAUCAAACACUGAUUCAGAAGUAUGGCUCUUUCCUAGCAGUUAUUUGGAGAACUCUUAAUCAGCUGGAAUGCAAACAGCGCAUCAUAUCAUGCGCUCUGCCAUGUAAGAAAUUGCCUUGUGUAGCUUAGUACCACUUGCAUAAGUUCUCCUUUGUAUUUUACAAUAGGGAAAUUCCAUACAGAAUGAGGGGUGAGUACUGGAUUUCUAAUUCCAUUGACUCAUAAACAACCCACCUCUUCAACCUGAAGUCAUUCCUUCUGGGUUGGAAAUCCAGAAAUAAACAGUUUAAAAUAGUAAACUAAACUAAAAAGUCAGUUAAAGACUCUCAAGAAUUUUUUUUAAAAAACAACAACAAAAACCCUGAUGGGAUUUUUACUACUUUUUUUCCCUCCCAGAUCAAGCACUGCAACAAGCAGAAAUCUAGCUACCUCUUCAAAAUCAUCAGCAAGCUCUUGCUCCUCUUCAACCAUAACAAAUGGUGAUAGCAAUAACUCCUAUAGUUUGAACUGCUCCAGCCUUGGCAAAGGGUAAUAGCAAGAAUGUGUCUGCUGUUUUUUAUGUAACUUCCUUUCUCUGAAUACUUUUAUGCAUUCUCUUCUUUAUUAAAUAAGGUUCUGCCCUGAAGCAUUCAUGGCUCCACUGUUCGGAAGCUAGCUAUGUAUAACUUUAAACUUAACUUCAGUUUCAUGGCCCUCCGGCAUUUUUUUGCCAGUUACUGUUCCAUUAAGAUGUAUGAGUUCUGUCAAUUUUUCCUAUAAUAGCACUUUAUCAUACAAUAGCUGAUAGGAAAAAAAUGCCACUCUAAAAUAGUUCAUUAAACCAGAUUGCGUUCUCCCAUAUAAACCUACUAGGACAUUUGAGAUCUCCCUUGGAGGCUGUGCUCUCAAGGCGCUUGCCCCUAGAGGUGUAGUGAGUGAUUAUUUGAGGCAAGGCUUCCCAGUCACGGCACCAAAAUUAUGGCAAUUUCUGUCAAGCAGAUUCACAUUGCCUUUUCCUUGAUACGGUAGUUUUGAAAUGCCUGGCAAACACAGUAUUACAUUGGAGGAUUUUAGGACCCUCUGACUUCAGUUCUUUUUAUCCUGCUUGGUUGGGGUUUUUUGUGGUGGUGGUGGUGGUUUUUCCUAACUUUAGUUUUAGUCUUGGUUUCGUUUUUCAUUAGCAUAAUGUUCUGGAAACCAAAAAGCAGGAUAUGAGUAUUUUAAGCAAAAUAUAAUAUCAGUAAAGUGAGUCUCCACCUACAGUAUGAAAUGGUACAGUCAGGCAGCAGACUGGCUACCUCAUAAUACUUGAUUGUGAGAACUAGGUCUGAGGGGGCAAUUUUAUAAUGUAGGCAUGUGUAUACUAUAGAUCAGUUGGCAAGUUUGCUUUGUCUUAAGUUUGAGUUACGUGUUUAAUUGUAUUGUGUUUUUAUAUUCUGUAAACUCGCCAUAAAAUUUUGAUGCAGGGCGGGUAAGAAAUACAAUAUACAUUAUUUUUGUAUAGCUGUAAAAUAGUUUCUUAGCCGAAAUAUUCUGCAACCUGUUAUCAUAUUCCAGUAUGUUUUCCCCCUCCAGAGGUUCUAGCUUUUCCUGCAACUCCUACAACAACAGGGAGAGCCCUCCUCAGUCACAGCCUGGUCUCUGUGGGCUCAGUAACCUAGGAAAUACAUGCUUCAUGAAUUCAGCUUUACAGGUAAAGAACUGGUACAAUCUGCUGAAGAACCUAGAGUGGUAGGCACUGUACUGCUUGGGUUUUAUACUACCCCAUCUUAAAUUUUAUAACUGUUAGGUUCCCAUACAGCUUGGAAAACCUACAUAAUGCUGUGGGUUACAAUGGAAGAUAGAAAGCUGCAUUUUUCAAGUGUCAGAACCCUGGUCUCCGUAUUGCCGAUAUGUUAUAGACCAAACCCUGGCUCCUCUAUGAGUAGCACAGGAGCAGCAGGGCCAAGGGAGGAGCAAAGUGGCUAUACUUUUUGCUGCGAGAAUCCACUCACUCAAUCAUACUUAAGCCAUUGUUUGGAUUAGCAUUGUGUGCAAACCAGGCUGCUGACUGGCAGCAGCUCUCUAAGGUUCAAGGCAUGAAACUUUCUCAGCCCUAUAUGAUGAUGCCAGGGUUUGAACAUGGAGCCUUCUGUAUACACAACAAGUGGUCUCCCCUGAGCUAUGACCCUGUCCUCCCAAAAUAGAAAUAACCCAGCUAGUACAUAUUACUCAGUUUUCUUCUUUCAGCAGUUUCCAUAUGUAAUAUUUAAUGUAGCUUGCAAUACAGUUCUGUAUAGGGUGAUUUUGCUGACUCUAGUACAAUUUUAGUUUUCAUUGGGCAGAAAAUGGGUUGUUGGCAUGGCUUUCUUUUUUAUGUAUUUCUUGUGUCUGAAUGUUCUUCUAGUGUUUGAGUAACACCCCUCCACUGACUGACUAUUUCUUGGAAGAUGAGUAUGAAGCUGAAAUAAAUCAGGAGAAUCCUCUGGGAAUGAGAGGAGAAAUUGCAGAAGCAUAUGCAGAACUCAUCAAACAGAUGUGGUCUGGGAGAAAUUCUCACGUGGCCCCCCGCAUGUUCAAAGUAAGUAGACUUUCUGUCAUUGAAACACAGCUAGAGGAAGUGACAUUUUUGGUUUCAUGCUUUCUGCAUGGAGCUUUAAUGUUAGCCCUUGGGGAAAUACUUUCCCCAUCUUAAAAUGUCUAGCUGGGUAGCUUAGGUUGAACUUAAAAGAAUGCUAAGUAUGAUAUGGACUCCUGAGUGCUACAGUCCCUUAAUAAUUCACUGAAUGUUGCAUAUUGCAGGGAAAUGCCAUGCAUUCUGUUUAGAAUAGUUGUGGUUUCUAAAGCUUUUACUGAUAUAAUUUGAUUUUUAACAAGAUUUUAGGAGUUAUCUGACUUCUUUUUUGAGAAUUGUUUUAUCUGUUUACUUUUUAUUGUUUUAUACCACUGUGGUAUGUUGUAAAGUGCAAUAUUCCAAAUAAAAUUGAGCUGCAAGUUAGCAACUUUAUAUCUCUCUGAAAUUAGUUGUACACUGAGUUGCUUUUGAAACAGUUGUUAAAAUUGUACACAUGAUCUUCAAAUCACUUGUUGAUAUUCUGUAUUCAAAUAAGUAACAAAUGUACUUUAUUAGCACGUUUGUGAGUUUCACAGAAUUUUACAUGGAUUAACCAUACGGCAACUGUAUCUGAUAACUGUUAUCCAAAGAAACUGAUAUGAGAGGAGACUUCGUACAUCUUGUUACCUUUUUGACAUUAGUUUAUUGCUAGGAAUUAGCUAAUCUUCAUUGAAUUCUGCAAAUGAGGCUAGAGUUACUGCUUUUCCCUUCACUGCUCACAUGCAUCUUCCUAAUGUUAUUUUUCCCUUUCUUUUUUUAAUUUUAGACCCAGGUUGGCCGCUUUGCUCCUCAGUUUUCAGGGUACCAGCAACAAGAUUCCCAAGAGCUCCUGGCCUUUCUUUUAGAUGGUUUACAUGAGGAUCUAAACAGAGUAAAAAAGAAACCUUACUUGGAGCUGAAGGAUGCUAAUGGCAGGCCUGAUUCGGUAUGCUGCAUAGACAUUCCACUGCUUGGAGUUAAAUUGUGGUAUAAAAGAGUAACACUCAACAUAGGUUACAAAUUAUUUUUGCCCAUCCAGUUCCUUUUUUUUCUUACUGAGGAUGUCUUUUUGUUAGCAAAUGAAUCCAUGAAUCAGUCCACUUGGGACCAUUGACUCUUAGCCAGGCUUCAACAAAUAUGCUUCCCAUUGUGAGUGUGGCCCUGUGGUCUGAUAAGCAGGUAGCCUUCCUCCUAAUUUUGAACAUGCAUACAUGGACGAGAUUGUCCAAGCAGUUGCAUGGCAAAAUCCACUAGUGGCAGGGUGAUGCUAUCCUGUCCUAGCUGGAUCAAAUUAGUGGCACAUACUAGAAAGGCAGAGUCCAGAUAGGCGAUGCAGGAUCACAACAGGCAUGGCAAAGCACAGUUUGUCAGGACACUGGACAGAUCACUGUGACUGAUGCUGGCUGGAACUUAACUACAGUAUUGAGAUCACAUUAGCUGUUUUUACUUGUGGCCAGCCAGCUAUAACUAUCCUUCCUCUCAUUAAGAACAUAAGACCUGCACAGCUAAAGCACCAUUAUCGGGGAAAAUUUUUAAAUAUUUGAUGCUUUAUUAUGUUUUAUAUAUUUUGUAAGCCACCCAGAUUGGCUGGGGAAACCUGAGAGCCAGGUGACCCUUUCCAAUUGCAGUCAGUUGCUGUAAUCCUCCUUUCUUGGCCCCGUUUAAACCGAAGUAGAACAAGGGCUUGAAAGGCAAUGACAUAAAUAAUUACUUGGGGACAGUGCCCAAUUUAAAGUUUCACUUAAUUGGGCUGCUUUUCCAUUGCAGGCCUAGUUUUUAUUACGGUAAUUUUGAGAAUUGAUGCCACACAUACACACGCGCGCACACCCCAGUGUAGUGUUUAUUAAAUAACUGCCUUUGCAUGAAUGUCACAACGAUCAUAGUUGGAGCAAACAUUGCCGAAAGCUACAUAUUUCUUAGGUUUGACUGUACAUUACUAAUUGCGCUGCAGUACUGCUUAAGCAGUUCCUUGCUCACUUGCUAGAAGCGACCUCUAAUCUGCCUUUCCCUAGGUUGGGAUUCACUGUCAGCAGCAGCCCUGCACAGAACACUUCUCCUCCCCUGUGUGCCCCAAAUUCCCUCUGAAAUUGGUUUGGGUGGUUGGGAGAACCCCCAGAACAGCAGGGGAAGAGGAGGGGCAUUGUUCCAUCUCGCAAACUGAAAUGCUUAGGCAGACAGAAUGUUUGUAAUAGUGUGACAUUGGAAUUCCCUCCCUAGAAUUGGAUUCUCUCAUACUAUGCAAAUUUCACCUACACACUAGGGUGCAAUCAUCUUGUACAGUCUGUUCUGUUCUGUUCUGUUGCAGGUCACUUGCAUGUUGAAUUACAGGUAUACCAAUAAGUGAAUGAUUUCAUUGCAUACAAACAUAGUUGUUCAGCAUCAGUUUGUCACAUCACGUCCUUCUAUUGUAUUUCAAUAACCUUCCCUACAGAUAAAAGAUGUUUCAUCAGAACUUGCAUCUUAAUCUUUAUACUGUGUUUCUGCUUCUCUGCAAUGUGUUUUAUUUUUUGCAGGUGGUAGCAAAAGAAGCUUGGGAGAAUCAUCGAUUGCGUAAUAACUCUAUAAUUGUAGAUAUUUUCCACGGUCUCUUCAAAUCCACAUUGGUCUGCCCCAAAUGUUCUAAAGUUUCCGUGACUUUUGACCCUUUUUGCUACUUAACCCUUCCAUUGCCCUUGAAGAAAGAUCGAACCAUGGAGGUUUUCUUGGUUUUUGCAGAUCCACAGCGCAAACCUACUCAGGUAAGUAGAGGUUCAUGUUGGUCUUUGUUAUGAAAGACAGAAAAAUCAGAUUGUAGUGUUUUGUGCCCUCUGCAACUUACAAGAGGUUGCCUGCUUUUAGCAUUACAAUUCCGAUACUAAGGGUCAUUGUGUGAUGCGUUGUACGCCUCCCGCCUGCUCAAUGUACAUAGAAACACACUCAGAUAUCAGGUUCAAAUCCCAUCUUCCCCAUAAAGCUCACAUGAUCACCUUGAGUCAAUUACAACCUCUCUUACCUACCUUUUCUAGUUACCUACCUACCUACCUUCCAGGAUUGUUGUGAGGAAAAAAUGUGCAGAGGAAGAGAUCAUGUACAACACCUUUACCUCCAACAGAUAAAUGGAAUGAAAUCAAAUUUAAAAUAGAUAUAGCUGGAACAAACAUUGCUGUCUUAAAAUACACAGUUCACAACAAGCCUGCCUACCCCAGCAUGUAAAAUGACCAGCUUUGCAUUAUAUAUGCAUUAUAUAUAUAUAUCAGCAUACGUACACGCAGAGAUAAGAUGCAUCCAAUACCCAAUCUUGAGAUCAGUUUUACAGAGACUCUGGGAAGGCAGCUAAGUCUGUACUCCAAGCAUGUUCACCUGUGAGUAAGCCCAACUGAGCAUAGUGAGAUUGACCUCAUCUGUAUGUUUUGUGAUCUACAUGUUUGGAGAGGGAAUCUGUCCAAUCCAUUUUUCAGCAGGUGAGAUCCCAAUUGCCAGUCAUAGUACACGCAGGGAGGAGGGAACCCCAAGGAUGUUCACACAGAAGUGAAGCCCUGGCCACAAUUGCAGCCCAAGAAUCAGAGAUGACCUCUCUGCUUUCAGUCACCGCCUAGCAACAACAUUCCCACAAAGAAACCUAAUUGGCCUGUAAUUAUGGGCUGAUAAUUUUGGAUGUAGUUUCCACUAAACAAUCUUUCACAACCUAGUCUUCUGCAUAUUUCUGAGUCUUCUAUAAACUGAAUUUUGUUGCUAAGUGUCAUAACUUAUACCUCACAAACUACAUAGGGUAGUAUCUGACUAAAUUGUACUCAGAGUAGAUCCACUGAAAUCAAUUAAGUUAAGUCAUCGGGUGUAUAUUGCAUAUGACUAAUAUUAGAUAUCAACAAUAGUGACCCCCUUAGUAAUAGUAUUAAUUGCUUCUUGGUAGAUUGCAAGCUGAACCCCCAAUACAGUGUAUCUUUCUAGCUUUAGUUAAGAGUAAAAAAUGCCAGUUUUUUCCUGUCAUACCAUUAGCUUUUUACAAUCCCAGCAGUUCUUAUAACAGGACAACAUUUUUACAUUUAAAUUUAUCCUAAUGAAAUGUAGUUUCUUCACAAUUUUGCUUGAUUGCACAAACAAUGGUGGCUGCUUUGGACAUAACAGUAAGCCAAGGGUAGUGGUUUGUUGCGCCUACUUACUAGCAGGUAGGAGAAAAGCAGAAGCUGCGUUCACAGUAAACUGUUAACCAUGUCUGACUAUAACACGCAAACACACCCUGUAUCAAACCUGGUUACUGAUGCUGAUCCUUAAGUCUAGAAUUGUGUUCCUUACCAAGGUUUAUUUUGCCUAGUAUAAGUUUAAUGUUCUGCUUUUUUCCCCAGUACAAGGUAAUUGUGCCAAUGAUGGGGGCUGUAUCUGACCUGUGUGAUGCACUCUCAAAAUUCUCCGGGGUUCCUGCAGAAAAUGUAAGGCUAAAUAAUAUUGUGUGAUAAAUAAAAGGGUUCAGUUUUCUACAAACUGUUAUUAGGUAGACUGAUUCAUGAAUUAGUUAAAAAUAACUUUAACAAACAUUAUAAGAAGGUGACUUGAUAUUGUGUAUUGGGCACAUCUUUUAAAAGGUUGUAAAUUUUUCUUUUUAGGGCAAGAAGUGAGGAGUCACGUUCCACUUUCCACAUGUUAAAAUGUUUGUCUAUACAGAAACUUAGAUGAAAACAAACUGUCCUAUUUCAGAUAAAAACUCUGACAAGAACAGCUUGUCAGCAUGAGCCCAUUCUCUGACCUUGUCCUUUUUCUGCUUGCCCUAAUACCAACUAUGCAUAGCACUCAUUUUGAAAGAUGUUCCCAAGUGCUUGAAGUGAGCAUUGGGUCGAAAUGAGACCUUGGAUCCUUAGCACUGAUAACUCCUUGAUAAUUAUGUACAUUCUACAAAUAUUUAAUAGGAAGGGCAUUCUUAGCAGAAUUUGGUAUCGUGUUGCAAAUGUUCUGUAUGUAGUUGAGAAUUGAUCUUGUGUAAUAAUGAAGAGUUCUUUAAACUGGAAAGAUUAUCUAUUUCUAUAUCUUAUAUAGCUCAGUCUGUAGAUCAUGAGGCUGUUAAUCUUAGGGUCGUGGGUUCAAGUCCCACGUUGGGCAAAAGAUUCCUGCAUUGUAGGGGUUGGAUUAAAUGAACCUCGUGGUCUCUUCCAACUCUACAGUUCUAUGAAAUCGUCUGGUGAAAGACAUCAUCUUAAUGUUUUAUAAUCAGAUAAUAUUUAAGAGGAAAGAAAGAAAAAUAACAAUUGCUAUUCUAAUGGGCUCUUUGAGAGUGUAUUUGAUGAUGGUGAUCUCAUGCAAAACUUAAGGGAUAUUCUAGAAACCAGACCAAAUAAAUGGGGAUUUGAGGGAAUAGGAGGGAAUCCUAUUCUGGUUAGUGUAUUCAGGUCAGUUCCCACCUACUUUUUUUGUCAGCUCCCUAAUGUAUAUGAUAGCCAACCUUAAUUAUCUUGAAUUCAACUCUGUAAGCUGAAAAUGGUGGAGAAGGUGAUUGAGCUGGGAAAAGAACACAUUUGGGAUUAAGGAAGUAAGAAGAAGCAGUGGCUAGGCUAGUACCCUUGGGGGGAGAAGAAGAACCCUGUUUCAUUCCACUACCUAACUGCUUAUUAUCAGAUCAAAGUUUUUGUUGCCAGUGGUUGUUAGGCAUUCUCUUUGCCAUCCUUGCUUUCAAGCAGCUGCUUUUCAAAUUAUAUUGCCCAUUUUGAAAUUUUAAAGAGAUUUUUCUCUGGGCAAGCUAUUAAAGCAACCAGUUCUAUUCCUUCAGUUUUGGCAUCUGUUUUCUUGGCAAACACAAGGAGUCUUAACUAUUCCUCAUCGCUGAGAUCCAGUAUAUUGUACUAGAUCUUUCAUUUGACUACUGGUUUUUGUUGUUGUUGUUUUUUGCUUAGUCGGCUUAUUUAGGGACGCGGGUGGUGCUGUGGGUUAAACCACAGAGCCUAGGACUUGCCAGUCAGAAGGUUGGCGGUUCGAAUCCCCGUGACGGGGUGAGCUCCCGUUGUUCGGUCCCUGCUCCUGCCAACCUAGCAGUUCGAAAGCACGUCAAAGUGCAGAUAGAUAAAUAGGUACUGCUCCGGCGGGAAGGUAAACGGUGUUUCCGUGCGCUGCUCUGGUUCGCCAGAAGCGGCUUAGUCAUGCUGGCCACAUGACCCAGAAGCUGUACGCUGGCUCCCUUGGCCAAUAAAGCGAGAUGAGCGCCGCAACCCCAGAGUCGGUCACAACUGGACCUAAUGGUCAGGGGUCCCUUUAACUUUACCUUUACCCUCGGCUUAUUUAAGCAUAUCUCAUGAGUCACUUGACACCAAACUUCCUCUUGGGGUUGGACUAGAUGAUCCUUGGGGUUCCUUCCAGCUCUACAAUUCUAUUAUUCUGUGAUUGGAGAAUAUUGAAAAUGCCUAGGAUAAAUCUUCAAUAUUUUUCUUGAACUUGGCUUAUAUUUUGAUUAUCAUUAUGCUAUUCUGACUUCCAUUCUCAACUACUUCCUGUUUUUAGAUGGUGGUGACAGAUGUUUAUAAUCACCGAUUCCACAAAAUUUUCCAGAUGGAUGAAAGCUUAAGUCAGAUUAUGCCAAAGGACAACAUCUUUGUGUGAGUAACCGGUUCUUUGGGAAGAGUAGAGAUAAGAAACUUCUGCUAUGAAACAUUUGAGUGUUUAGCCUGAAAAGAUUAUUUGGUACCCACAAUUUAUGUAGGUGAUCAGUAGUUCUUACAUUGUGUUGUAUGCUGUUCUGAUGAGAUAUCAUGUGGUGUGGGACACAUAUUGUUUAAUUAGUAACCUUUGAGGUGUUUGUGUGCUGCUAUUUUCCUCUUGGAUUUUUUAUUGUUUAGCUGUGCAGCUGCCAAUAGAUUCUAGAAAACAUUGGGGCUAUGUUACAUGGAAUGCUAAAUCUCCACUGAAAUUUACUAACGUUUUUGAAACUUAAAAGAGCAUGAAAAUGUUUACAUUUACAUUGGGAAAUCAGGCAUGGAGAACUUGUGACAAUUCGAAACUAAACCUUAAACUUUGGAUUCUAGUUUUAAAGUUAGCUGUAAGCCUGCCUCACAUACACCUACCCCCAACUUCCAGUGUGUCUGCAGGUAUUGUUUUCUGAGUAUCUGUCAUGUACACAUUCCUAUAAAGUUGUGUAUAUAUGAAAUGUUGGUGGAUAAACAUCAUGAGCACUACCUUGUGCUUCUCUUGUCAAUCUUUUGGGAAUGCACCAGUAAAACUGAUCCUGGAGUUGGUCAGUUUGGGCAAGUUAGGUGCAACAUUUAUUUAUAGUAAGUGGAUGGGGCUUGUUCAUCACUGUCAAGUAAGAAAUGGCUAGAACAGAGACAUUUUAAAAGCAGUAUAUUUUGACAUCUUACAAUGCACCUCUUUUUAAGAAGGUUUUUUGUGUGUGUGUAUACGGUAUACAUGCAUGCGAGCACACAUACACAUACUGUAUGAGAAUUGCAUUUUGGAUUGUGUUCCCUUUGCAUUGGAGCUAUGAGUACAAAUAUGAACUAUAAAAGAUGAGCCCUUAACCUAAGUUCCUGGCAACUGGAUAUGAUGGCAGAACAUCACAAAUCCAACUAAAUUUAUCUAUUUUUAAAUUCCUAAAAACUCUCUGUAUUUAGUUAGGACUUCAUUAGAUAUUUGUUAAUGGCAGAUUGUUUUGCAGUUCUUUAAUAGGAAACUUCAAAAUAGCUAAAGUAAAGCAGAUUGUGAAAUUAGAUUAGGAGAAGUGGUGGUAGUGGCAGUACAGUGAUUGACUAUUGAUAUCAAGUGACAGUGAAAACUUGUUGGUGGCAAUAGGAGGGUGUGGCUUUGUUUUGCGUAGUAUUUAUAGAGCUGCAUCAUUAAGCCUCUCUAAAAUGAUAACAUGGUUUUGUUAAAUACUAGGUAGGUUCAGAAUAAGAACUCACUCAUCCACAACUUGAUUGUGGAGGAUAAAGAGGCCAGCCUAGCAUAACUAAGACUUGGGUGGGCCUGAUCUCACCCAUCUCUCUGACCAUUUACUUGGUGCAACAGCAGGUCAGACUUGAGUGCUGGGGAUAGAGGUACAGUGGUACCUUGGUUCUCAAACUUAAUCCAUUCCGGAAGUCAGUUCCAAAACGGAAGCGUUCCAAAACCAAGGCAUGCUUUCCCAUACAAAGUAAUGCAAAAUGGAUUAAUCCGUUCCAGACUUUUAAAAACAACCCCUAAAACAACAAUUUAACUAUCUCACGAAACCAUUGAGCCAUAAAAUGAAAGCAAUAAUCAGUGUACUUUAAUAUAAAAUAAAUAAGACAGUAUUGUAGAUGAUAAAAAUUAAAAUUAAUUUUUUCCUCUUACUGCACUGACGAUAGUCAUUGUUUGAAUGGGGGGCUUUUAUCCAUUUUCGCAGUCACAAAAUCAAUCAGUAGCUGAACUGGGUUCUACACAGUCACAAAAACAAAUCAAUCAAAAAAGUCUCAAAAACAAAAACACAAAAUAAAUAGCAAAAAAAAGAGAGCACCAAACUUAAUCCAUUCCAGAAGUCCGUUUUAUUUCCGAAAUGUUCGAAAACCAAGGUGUAGCUUCUGAUUGGUGCAGGUUCCCCAGAAACACUUCUGAAAAGCAUUAGAAAACUGGAACACUUACUUCCGGAGUUUUGCCGUUUGAGAACCAAGGCGUUUGAGAACCAAGGUACCACUUUAUUGACAUAGUUCUUAGAAUUUCAGUGCAGCUCACUAGUACACCUCUUGCCCUCAAGGCAGAAUGAGAAUGUCUUUACCUGAUGUUGGGCCAUAGAGACAGAUUAGGGGUGCUGCUGGUAUACCGUCCACCCUGUUUCCCAACAGCCUUGAUGGCUGUGGUCGUUGUGAAAAUAGUAUUGAAGGAACCCAGGAUGAUUGUCCUGGGUAACCUUCAGUGUGUGUGCCGAGGCUCUCAGGGCCAGUUUUUGAGUUCAUGGUCUCUGUGGUAACCAUGCAUCUGUCUCAUCUAUCUAAGACGUGGUAGAACAUAGCUUGGAUCUUGUCUUUGCUUCAAGUGGUGAAAGUGGUAGUGUCUGUCUCUUUUUGUGGAGUAGGGCGUGGGUGGGUUCUACAACACAGUCAUCAUGGUCAGACCACUUUCUGGUAAAGUUUGGAAUUGUGUCACCUACAUCCCCCCGCAGGGGUGGAGGUCCAUAGAGAUUAAUAGAAUACAGUGGAUUCCUGAAUGUGAUGCAGGAGUUUCUGGUGGAUAGGGUAAGUGAACCUGUCAAGGCCUUGGUCUCACUAUAGAAUGUCAAGAUGAGAUGGGCCACUGACACAAAUCCUCCCAAGUGCUCUCUUAAGUGCUGCGGAGUCCAUUCAGUAGCCUGGUGCUUUGGGAGCUGCAAAUGAUGAAACAGGCUGCAUUACACUAGAGUACAGGUGGUGGAAGUCUUGUUGAAAAGCAAACAAAAUACUUUUUUUCUCUUAAAAAUUCUUUUUAAGAGAGGUUUUACCUCUACAAGAGGUAAAACCUCACUUAAAAAGAAUUUAGCAUCUCGGUUCUAGUCUACCUAAAAUGUUUGCUUGAUUCUCUCCCCCCCCCCCUUUUAAAAAAUAUUUUUAAUUGAGUUUUCCAUGUAUACUUCUUCUAACAAUAUAUCUUUAACAAUUUUUCGUAUUUCCACCUUCCUCCCCUGGACUUCCCUCCUACUCCCGUUUUGUUUUAUUUCCAUAUUGUUCACCCUGCGUAUUGUUUCCCCAAAAUUUUCCCAAUACAUAUAGUCUUAUUUUUUGUUGUAUACAGUUGUGAUUGUUUACUCAAACCCUGCCAAUGAGUCCAUUUCUUUAUGUUGCCUCUUCAUAUAUGUUGUAAAUGGUUCCCAUUCUCUUUUAAAGUCUUUGCUGUCCUUUUCAUGUAAUGCUUCUGUUAAUUUUGCCAGUUCUGCAUAUUCCAUAAGUUUUCCUUGCCAUUGUUCUUUCGUUGGUAUUUCUUCUGUCUUCCAAGUUUGUGCUAAUAUGAUUCUUGCCACUGUUGUUGUGUACAUAAAUAAUUCCCCCCUCCCCACCUUUUUUUUUACAUCUUGGUCUAAAAUUCCUAGGAGGAAUGCUUCUGGUUUCUUAACAAAAGUCUUUUUAAACAUUUUUUAAAAUUCAUUAUAUAUUAUUUCCCAAUCAUUUCUAAUCUUUUUGCAUUCCCACCACAUAUGAUAGAAUGUUCCAUCUUUUUCUUUACAUUUCCAACAAGUUUUUGAUCCCUUUUUAUACAUUUUGACCACUUUCUCUGGUGUUAUAUACCAUCUAUACAUCAUUUUCAUAUAAUUCUCUUUCAAUAAGAUACAAUCUAUAAAUUUUAGGUUUACCUUCCACAUCUUUUCCCAGUCUUCAAAUUGUAUAUUAUGACCUAAAUCCUGAGCCCACUUUAUUUGUGCUGACUUUACAAUUUCAUCUAACAUUUCCCCAUAAAGUUUGAAACUGUAUAACUAAAACCUUUCUUAUUGUCUUCCUUAAACUAUUCAUUUAAUUGUCUAUGAUGUAACCAGCUUUGUAAAAAGAUCUUCAAUUCCUCAUAUCCUUUCAGCCUUAACCCUUUUUCCGCCUCUAUUAAUAAUUCCCUAUAUGUCGGCCAAUUUCCUCCCUUACUAAGUGGCUUUCAUGCUAAUGCUUCCACCGGCAAGAGCCACCAUGGGGUUUUUGGUUCUAGAAAGUCUUUAUAUUUAUUCCAAACUUUUAUAAGUGUUUUUCUUAUUAUAUGAUUAUGAAAACCUUUAUGUUUUUUAUCUUUCCCAUACUAUAAAUAUGAAUGCCAACCAAAUCUAUUAUCAUGUCCUUCCAAGUCCAGUAUUUCAUCUCUUUUUAAUUUAAUCCAGUCCCGAAUCCACGUGAUGCAAGCUGCUUCGUAGUAUAAUUUCAAGUCUGGAAGGGAGAAGCCUCCUCUAUCUUUUGUAUCUAUAAGUAUUUUAUAUUUUAUUCUAGGCUUUUUCCCAUUCCAGGCAAACUUAGAAAUAUCUUUUUGCCAGUUUCUGAAGCAGACAAGAUUGCUUAUCCCCCCCCCCUUCUUUACAUGCUUCAUUAAUUAUGGCAGCUCCAAAGCAGUGCAUGUUUGUGUAAAAUGAAUUCUAGAUACAGUCCCUGAUAGCAGUGAAGCUGGCAAAGACUCCUGACUGAGCCCCUGGCAAGACUCUGACAGUUAGCAUACUGAGUUAGAUGGAUCAAUGGAGGCUUCCUGACUAAUGAUGCUUAGACUUGAAAGAAUGGAUUUGAACAACAUUUUGAACUGAAGCAUUUGAAGUUCUUCAAAUGUAAAGUGAACUUUUAAGGUUUAUUAACAAAUGUGAUUAAUAUAUUACACUCUCCCUUGUUUUGUAUCUGCAUUGCUCUUAUACGUUUGGAAGUUGAUAAUGGCUUGUCGAUGUAGCUCAGUUCCAGCAUUAUGCAAAUUAUACUUUGUUCUAAUCCCAUUUUAGAACCCAAAUCAUGAUUUUGAGCUUUCAAGCAUAUAUGCAGAUGAUGUUAGAGCUUUCAUACUUGGUCUACUCAGCAUUCCUAUCUCUUGAUACUGUAAUCUUCUGGGUUGGAGUCCUGGCCAUAACCAUGGUUUGUCAACUCGAGUCAUCAUACCCAACUCUAGUUAGGACAAAGCACAAUUUGAAAACACGUUUCAAAACAGGAUUGUCUUAAUUCUCAUUUGCUAGCCUACCACAAACCAUGGUUUGUCAUUUCAGCUAUUAGUGGCCUCAUUCGCAUGUAUCUACCCAUAGGUUACAAACAUCUUCUGAGGUCCUGUUGGGUGUCCCACUACUUAAGGAUGGUGUGCAGUAAUGCAAGGGUGGACCUUUUUCAUGGCAACACCCAGAUUACUAAAGCUUAGUUUAGUGUUACAUGUCCAAAUCUUAGGGUCAUGUGGUCCCCUCCAUUUUCCUCCAGUGUAGUCACAAGAGAAUCAGCUUUCAGCUUAAUAAUAAUAAUAAUAAUAAUUUAUUUAUACCCUGCCCAUCUGGCUGAGUUUCCCCAGCCACUCUGGGCGGCUUCCAAUCAAGUGUUAAAAACAAUACAGCAUUAAAUAUUAAAAACUUCCCUAAACAAGGCUGCCUUCAGAUGUCUUUUAAAUAUAAGGUAGCUGCUUAUUUCCCUCACAUCUGAAGGGAGGGCGUUCCACAGGGCGGGCGCCACUACCGAGAAGGCCCUCUGUCUGGUUUCCUGUAACCUCACUUCUCACAAUGAGGGAACCACCAGAAGGCCCUCGGCGCUGGAUCUCAGUGUCCGGGCUGAACGAUGGGGGUGGAGACGCUCCUUCAGCUAAUAAUAGUUACUCGUUAUGUCUAAACCCAGACAAGCUGUUUACCGUUAGAGACUCAAAUUUCAAAUUGUGGUUCAUGAUCCUGUCUAUUUCCUGAAAACAUCGUUAAUAGUAAGCACAGCUUGGAUACAAGAAGUAAUCUUGGUUAGCUGAAAAACGAAGCAAAAGUUUCCUCACAGCCAUGCCCGAGGAUGUGAGGGGAUUGGGAUGCAGUACACAAAGACACUAAAUUAGUGUAACACUAACUUAGGGUGAUGUUGCCCCUGUUUGGUGGAAUAGCAUUCCUGUUGAGAUAUGGCAGGCAGCCACUAUCUGCACUUUCCUGCCAAAAUUGAAUAUGUUUUUGUUCCUGUGAUAAACUCGCACCAAUGCAUUCUAAACCCUUAUAUAUGUAGCAAUUAAAAUGUAGGUGCCUGUAAUAUUUCUACUUGGAGGGCUUGAAGCUUCAGAAUGUGCAUGAUGUAGACCUGGAAAAUGGCACAGAGCAAAGAUUACCUCUGUUCCUUAAGGCAACUGUGGUGAUCAAAAAUGAAUCCCUCCACCCCACAGUUUUUAAGUGAGAGGGAAAAGUUAGGUGAGCUGAUCACCAAUCUCCAGAAUCUCAUCUGUUUUGGAACCUGAAUUGUUCUAUCAUGUUUGCCUUUUUUCCUUUAUCAGUUGUGCUAUUUUUGACACCGUAUUGCAAAUAUCGGAAAUCACUUUUUUUCAGUAGCUGGGAGCUAACAAAGAAUUUCCAGUAUUAAUCUGUUAGCUGAAUUGCUCUCCAGGUGUAUUGCAUACAUACUUUAACCAGUUAUUAGAGGAUUAGUUAAUGUGGUACUGGUAGAUGCGUUGGAGGCAUUCAUAAGUGGCAGGAGGAUGUAAAGUUUGAGUCCAAGCAUUUAUAAGAACAUGGUGGUCUAGCAGUGUUGCUGCCUGGAAUCAGCAAUUCUUGGGAAAGUUGCUUCUCCUACUGAAUGUUCAGUUGACAGAUUGUAAUAAAGGUGAUCUGCAAAUCAAUCUGGCAAAACUACAUCAACAUGCGUCACUUGUGCUGAAUUCCCCCAGGCUAAACUAAAAGGGGCAUUCAGCACUCAGUGCAGACACUUACUAUUUUUUCCCCUUAGGUCCCAUGAUGCUCCGCCCCAACUAGGCUCCUGCUCCGAUGUAAAGCCCCAGCAUGUGCCAUGAUGGUGAUAUCACAUCACCCAGGAUCCUGCUGGAGCAUGGAGCCAGCCUACAAGGGGUCAGGUAAGUGUCUAUCAUUGCACAAAUAUGCAAAGUUUUUGUUGGGUUUUUCCUUCCCAGGGGAAGCAUCUUGGGAUAUGAGGCUGGAGAGAUUUUAUAUGUUUGAGUGCCUUUGUUAUCUUAGCCUGGAUAAUGGAGGCAUUCAGCAUAUAUGUAUAAAAUUGAUGAAACUUUGCCAAAAUGAUUUGCAGGUCACACUUAACUUACUGACAUCAACUGUCAGAAUAUUCUCAUGCCAGUCACUUUACUCUGGUUUCCUGCCCACCUUACCUUGCAUAGUUUCUCUACCCUUGUUUGCUUGGAACUGGUAAAAGACUGAAUGGUUAUGGAGAUUUUGAACGUAGUAUCUGAAGUACAAGAUUUAUCCUAUUCUUCUUUCUGAUAAUGGGUUUUGGAUGGGUGGUGGAAUACAACUGUAAACUAAGAUAAAAUCUGACCCUAGAAAUGUUCCUUCCUUCGAGAUUAUACAGCCUGAAGCAAAAUAGUUUUGAGUGAUUCUGUUCUUUGCUUUAGAGCAGGGUUGGGUAAUAUUUUGGGACCUAAGGGACACAUUCACUCCUAGCCUACCCGCUGAGAGUCACAUAGCAGCAGUAGGCAUGGUCACUCCCACACACUCACAUAUACACACUCACCCAGGGUUUACAUAGGCAGGCAGCUCCCCUCUUUAGUUGAUCCAUGCAGAUUAGAUGAGGAGGAAGGGUUAUCACCCAUUCUCCACUCUUCAAAUAACUGAUCUGAUGACUGAGGAAGGGAUCAUUUGUAGCCACAUUUGGAUGCUGGGCUAUGCUGUCUACUUUGGCUAUUUUUUUCCCCUUUUUGCAACUGUGGCCAAAAUUGGUUGGUCUUGGGGGGUCUAGAAAAUUUUUUAAGGCCAGUGUCUGAAUCUAACUUAAUUGAAGCAUAAUUCAGAUUAAUCUAAAUUAACAUUGUUAAAGAAGUCAGAAAAAUAAGUCAGGGCUAAAUCUAGAAUGAACUUUUUGUAAUUUGGGUCUUGAGUAAAAAAAGAAAGAAAAACAAUAUGUAAAGAACAAAGUACAGUAGCAACUUUGCACAUUAAGCUAACCAAUAAUACCCAUUGAAGCUAUAUUUUCAUAUCAAUAAUAUUCUAUUUAGGGUUAUUGUGGAGGUUGUUAAUAAUAGUGGGUAGUUGCAAUGUUUAUGUACUUAGGUGUACAGUUGGUUGGUUUGUUUGUUUUACUUACGCAGUAUCAAUAGGAUUUGAAAAAUCUGGAUGAAUUCACAGACACCAAACGUUGAGGUACAGCAAGAGGAAUACCUCCCUAUAUUCAUGCAUACAGAUUGUUUGUUUACUUUCAGUGUGAGAGGCAAAAGGCUUUUUGUUUUGUAACCUUGGUAGGUACAAUUCCUCAGUUUUGCCACUCAGAGAAGUGGUGAGGAAUCACUACAAGGCACCAUUCUGAGUAGGGCUACUACUGCAUGCAUGGUGGAAGUGCUAGUAGAUGGGAGGACUUUCAUAUUCAUGGGAGGUGUUCAGAGAAGAUACAAGUUGCAAGUGUUGCAAUAAUGAGGAUGCUUGGUCUGCUGCUGUUUAUUGGAGCUGUGCCUGAGGGAACAGUACUCCACUUCUUCACUUUCUUUGUCCCAGAUGAGUUUCACAGGUCUUUUCCUUUUUCCCUAUGGGUCCUGUACUCUCUUUCUCAUUCUUUUGAUCCCCUCCUCCCAAUCUUUAUGCACCCUUCAAUCACCUGGUUCUCCUUGACUCCUAAAAAAAAUCCUGGUUCCUAGCAAACUGAUUUAUUGUUCCAGUACUAUGUCAUACAGCAUUAAAUUUUUCAUGGCUCUAGUUGUUUGUUUAACGGGUGUUUGUGAAUGCCUGUGGGUACAAGUUACUGUCUUGGUUAACAUCAUAGGACUGAUCGCUAGAUCUUUUUACAUUGCAUGUCUGCAGGCAGGGCCCUCAUUACCUGGUAACUUUUGACACUUUCUGAAUACAACCGUAUCUAAUUGUUCAAGUAAAGGGAGAAGGAAAUGGUUUAUUCAGUCAUGAGCUUAGAAUCAGCUCCUAUUUUAAGAACUGUGGUGUAGAAUAUGACUCUUCCAAGUGUGAAUGCUUAAGACUGGCAUGACACUCUUACCAGUUCUGAAAGGACUGAACUUUGCUCACUAUUCUUCUCUCUUUUGUGCAGAUAUGAAGUUUGUAAGUCAACGGAAGAUGGUGCUGAAUGCAUCACUCUUUCAGUUUACUUCAGAGAAAAGAAAGCAAGACAAUCCAGUGCUGCUCCAGGGACUAUUCUCUAUGGGCAACCACUACUCAUAGCUAUACCCAAACACAAGCUUACUCUAGAUCACUUGUACAAUGUUAUAUUGGAGCGGAUUAGGUGAGUACAGGACCUCUGUGGCAUAUAAGUUUACUCAUUUCUAAGUCAAUCAUCUUCGUUUCUCCAAUUACUCUACAAUAGGAUUGUUAUUAGAUGUUACUAGUUUGUGUGUGCCUAAUUGUUAUUGUUCUGCAUCCACUGGUAGCUUUAUCAGUAUAUGAGUUUUAAACUGCAAGUACUUCCAUAGUUGUUGAAUUUUCUGACAAAUGUCUUGUAUUAACUUGGUUGGCUGAAACUCUUCCUUUAUAUGAACCCAAAAAGAAUCUAAGAUCAAAGACCAACUUUUGGUUACUAGCAGCUAUCAACCAGAUACCUCUGAAAACUCAGAAGCGGCACAAGAAAGUCCUGGCCCUUAUCUGUGUAUUGCUUCAGUGUAUACAAGUUGCAAUAAGCUUCCAUGAAUUUCUCUUUGCUAAAAAAACUCCAUCCCAAAUCUAAACUGGUAGUCAUCACACAAUGCAUGCUUAACUUAAGGAACUGAACUAAAUUAGUUUGUUUAUCUUGAUGUUACCAUAUUUGUGAAAAUGUUGAUUAUAUUAUAGCAUUCUAUAUCCUAAGAGAAAACUCCUAUGGUAAUAACAUAAACAAUGAAUCAGUGAAACAUUGUAGGGGUUUGUGGUUAUCAUUUAUGCUUUCAUAUCUCAUAUCUCAGUUUGCUUAUUUCAUAUUUUCUUUUACAUAUCUUACCAAUUUUCAAGGAAAUUCAAGGGAUUUAAGGAUCGUUUAUUUUAUAUGUGUAUGAUAAUCAUAGUGGGCGAGGAAAUAUUUCUGUACUUUCAAUCUGGCUGCUUUCCUGAUGAGAUAGAUACCCAACUCCCAUCAACCCCAGUCAACAUUGCGAACAGUUAGGAAUGGUAGCAGUUGUAAUCAUCAACAUCUAGAGGAGAUUUUGCACUAAUUGUUCUUUUCUCCUAAUGUACCUGCCUUUCCAAUAAUGGGUCACUUGUGUCAGCGUUUAAUGAAAAAAAAAAUUUAUGUGUUUCAGUCGCUAUGUAAAAGUUUCCUUAAAAGAAGAAUGUUCUGAAGGAUGUCCAGAUAGUGAGAAUUGCAAUGGCUCCAGUAGUGUGUCUGAAGGUAAAUUAUCCUAAGAUGGGUAUUAUUUAGCUAAAUCUCUGUUGUCUAAAGUAGUAGACAUGACUCCUCAAUAGUAUUAUACAUCCUGUAGUACACGGGUGUCAAACACAAGGCCCGCGGGCCAAAUCCGGCCCGCCAGACCUCGUCAUGUGGCCCGUGUAGCCGCCGCCGGCCUUCACCUUUUAUUCUCGCUUUUUCUUUUUUUUUUUGACACAAGAAAGCCACCUCUUCAGUGCGUGCGCAGCAGCCUACAAGCCAGAGAAUGUCUGCCCUCUAGCGGCGCUUUAAAGUGUGCCAUACUAGUGGAGUGUUGCCAACGUUACUGAGAGCAAGGGGUAGUUUCGAGGGGGACCCCGUGGUGGCAAGUCUGGGCAAUGGCUGAAGGCGGGAAAUGGAGAGGGGCGGGAAUGGGGGUACCUUUUGCGUCUUUCGCCUCCUGCUCCCCCUUCGGCUCCAUGGCAGGUGUACGUCAGUUGCUAAGCAACCGAAUGAAAGGCGCGCCAAGAUCCCUGGGAAGUUGAGUUCAAAACCUGCUUCGGCUAGGAGCGCCUGCGCAGCAGCAGCAGCAUAGUAAGAAGUAACGUCGAUGAGCAGCUUGCUCGUUUUUCUCCCCUUCCCCCUCCGAUUACUCUAAUAUAAUAAUAUACGCUGCUGUGCACAAUGGAGACAAAGCUACAAAUCUUUAAGGAAUUCCAGGGGGAAGGAAAUAUUUAUUUACUUUAGUCAUUGCCACUUGCAAAUGUAUAUAAUGGGUAACAUCGGUUUCUCUCCGUGCGUGUGAAAUCGGGGAGUCCUAUUGAGUUCAAUGGGCUGCCUCCCAAGUGUGCUCGCUUCAUUUAAAAUAAUGAGGAUCGCGCCUUUAAUAACUGCAUUAACCGGGCAAAAGGGUUUUCCUUCCUGGAGGGGGGGGGGAGCCUUCCUUGCUAACUUUUAAUUGUUACAAUGCCUGCCAACAUUUUUCUGGUAGGUUUUCUGUGUGCCGAGCAGAAAAUCUGCCGGUGUGGCUACAGCGAGGGAAAAAGACGGCACCUGUUGAAUUUCCUCUGCGGAGAUCUUCCAGGAGGAGCAGGGAAAUAUCCCUCUUAUGUGGUUGCCAAAUGAGUGCCCGUCCACAGCUCUCCAUUUUCUAAUACCCAUUUUGUUUUAUUGGUGGGACGACCACAUUGCUCCAGAGGAGCUAAUAUCUGCCCAAUCCUAUAUACAAUUAGGUUCCCUAAAAUCUACAUAGGAUCAAACUCUUGCAACGCAAGAUAUGCCUGCUUAGACCGGCCCUUUGAGGGUGACCAAACUGUUGAUGCGGCCCCCGAUGAAUUUGAGUUUGACACCCCUGCUGUAGUAGUAUACAACCUUCUGUGCUUUAGAAAUAUUCUUCAAAUAACACUAUUAAGUAUAUUGCAUGUUGUGAUAACUUGCAAAGUUGGGUACAGACUCCUCCUUGGUCCUCUCUGAUUUAGCCGCAUUCCUUUCAAAGCUGCUGUUGCAAUCAUUUGCUCAUUAGUUUUUCAGACAAAGGAUAUUAUAAAUGCUAUGGAGGAACAACAAAAGUGAAAAACAAUCUUUAAAAUAUGUUUCAGGUGAUGUUGAAGAAAUGGAACAUCAGAAUGGAGAGGAAGACAGUAAGGAGAAAAUAUCAGAAACAGAUGCCUGCAAAUCAGAGGACUGCAUCCAGGAUGACCUGGAAAAGGAAGGCCUGCAUCACAGAAGGCAUCUCUUUAGCUUCAGUCUUGUGAACUCUUAUGGAACAUCAGAAAUAAACUCCCUUAAUACAGAUGGGAAAAUCCUCAAGUUGAGUUGUAGGUAUCUCCUCUAAUUGUCAUCCUAGACACACCUCAUCUUUGGCAGAUUUACAUGAUGUUAUUGCUUUUCUUCUUUUCUUCUUUUCCAGCUCAUGCAACUCUAGCUAUUGAUUGGGAUUCUGACACCCGAAAGUUGCUUUUUGAUGAACAUGAGGCACAGGUGAUUAGCGUUCCCCCACCUUUUAAAGGGCACUGCUGUAGUCUGGCCCCUAAUAACUGUUGGCAGGGGGUUAGGCAAGAUUAUGUGGUUUAUUCUGCCUUUGUACUUUGAUAAAGGUACUGAGGAAAUAGAGCAUUGUCAUAGAAUAUUGAUAACAGGUCAUUAUCAGCACCAGCAGAGUGCCAUGCACAAGGCUUCUCAAGAGUUGGUGAUCAGCUGAUGGUUCAGCUUUGUGCACACUGCUUACCACUGAGCUUUGCAAACCCCAUUUUGGCUGACACAGGUCUUUACCUGUCUCACACUUGACAUCAUAUGUGUGAUUACAAAAACGGUAUUGUACCAUCUUUGUAUGAGUAAAGUGUACGGCGGCAUUACCAGAGAAGAGGAGGAGGGCAAAGAAUCAAGCUGAAAUAAAAGUUGUAGACAAUUAGUACAGAAGGGUUUAAAGUAUUCUCCUGUGUGGUGUGUUAAUUUUUAGAAGGUUUAACAUGCAUCUUACACUUGAGGAAAAAACAUAAUGUAUAUUUCUUUUUGGUAGGCAUUUGAAAAACACAACAGUAUGUUUCAGCCACAGAAGAAGAAAACUACCGUAGCUCUGAAAGAUUGCAUAGAACUGUUCACUACUAUGGAAACACUUGGUGAACAUGAUCCAUGGUAGGUUUGCUGUGUUUUCGCAUAGCAAUAACAUCUCUGGACUGUGUUUAGCAACUGACUAAAGCAUGGAUAUUAUCUAUGCAUUUUGCCCUGUAGGUCAUGUAGAAAAGGUAGCUCAGACUGAUUUCAUUUAGUAACUUUUGAGGUAGCUUGAUUUCACAUGGUUAAAUCAUGUGGUAAGAACAGCGCUUGACCCAUCCUGGAAAAUAUUAACUUCUUUGUACUACAUGCAUAUAAGAAUUAUAACAUGCUGUCAGCAGGAAGGCUUAUAUGAUUAUGUACAGUUGCAUUAAUAGCAAUAAUAGGGUCCAAACCUAUAGACUAAGGAAAGCCUGGGCAAAAAUACCUGUUUCAGGUAAUCACCCUGUGAUUAUCUGUAGGCUACAGUGUCAUGAGUAAAAUUUCCCCAGAUGAUGUAAGUGAUCUUACAGGUUUAUACAGGCAGCUGCUAUUUCCACAGAACUAAUGUACUGCUGGGAAACUUGUGUAGGCCAGCCACAUAGGCUACCCCUUCUAUCUUUGGACAUUGAUAACUUUGCCUCAGCACACAUACCUCUGUAGACUGGAGGAUCCUUCAGCACAAAUCUCUUCUGUUCCUCCCCAUCUCUGGAUGUGGGCCUUGCUUUUAAGCAAAACUUUCCAGCUUGCUAUGCUGGACUUAACAUGAAGCUACAUUCUGGUAUACUGGCGGAUCAGACUACCCACUGGAAGACAAAUUGGAGGCAAAAAGUGGCACAGCAUUUUCACAGUGCAGUCUAGUUGGGGGCUCCUUGAGAAUCCAUCUGCCAGUAUUUCCUCUUCUCUGAUUAUUGUUCCUUAGCUCUCUUUGCCACCUCAUCAGGAUGGACAUCCAAUUUGCUGGCCUUGACAGGAAGGUAGCUUAAGCUUUUCCUAACUGCUGUCUUGCUGUUAUGCCAGAAUAGAACUUGAUGUUACAUCCAGUUUUCCAGCCUGGUCCUUAUUCAGGGCAAGGUUUCUGUGUCUCCUCAGUAUUAUUCAUUUUUUGUCCCUAAGGUUUUUUAUUAAAUAUAUACAAAUGUAAAUGUUUUCAAAGAUUAGAAAGGAGGAAGAAUAAUAAUUAUUUUUGUUUACUUUUCUCUUUGGUGUUCUUUCAGGUACUGUCCCAAUUGCAAGAAACAUCAACAAGCCACUAAGAAAUUUGAUCUCUGGUCACUUCCACGUAUUUUAGUAGUACAUUUAAAACGCUUCUCAUAUAACAGAUACUGGAGGGAUAAGCUUGACACUGUGGUUGAAUUCCCUAUCAGGUAGGAUUUUUGGUUGCAUUGGUGGUCAGAGCAAAAAAGAAAUACAAAUAAUUUGGGUUCACUGAGAACCCAGCUGGGAACUAGAACCUUGGUACACAGGCUGGAUUUUAGCCUUCAAAAUGUGAGAAGCCAGAAGCAUGUCUGUCACAGUUUUCUACCAUCCACUUCAGUGGUCAAUUAAUAUUUUACAACAACAUAGUGCACUAGAGGUUAAGAGCUAAAUAGUUGCACUAGCAGGAGCCAACAGAAUGGGGCUUUCCCACUCCCCCCCCCCCCCGCCCGCAUGCCUUCCACCAGCUCUGAGUGGUUCCCUAGGACAGUGUGGUAGGAGAGGAGGAAAGGAAAUGCUUGCAUUAAUGGAACUAUCGUAGUAUGAUGUUGAAUUUCUCCCUAAGUCUGCUGCACAGUCAGAGCCUUGACAUAUACAUUGGUACCUCGGUUUUUGAACGUAGUUGAACGUUUCGGAACUUGAACACCAAAAACCUGGAAGUUUUCAAACGCGCCUUGGAAGUCGAACAGGAAACGUGGCUUCCAUUUUGAGUUUUCUGUAUUGAGGCUUCCGCUUUCAGUUUCUGAACGUUUCGGAACUCGAACGGACUUCUGGAACAGAUUACGUUCGAGAACCAAGGUACCACUGUAUAUGCAUCCAGGACUUGAUUUGGAUGUGGGGUAUAGUAGAGGCAGAAUAGAAAGUCGUAAGUGCCUGGCCCUGAUCUUACGCCUGCUGUUUCUGUUCACCGGAAGGUAUUGAGGUCUAAUAUUUUCUCUGUAAUUCUGUAGCACUGGAAUAUAUGAUAAGUCCAACUCUGAACAACAACUGCUAAGCUACCAUAUUCGAGCACCUCUCCCAAAAGUUACUUGAGGUUAGGUCACACAGUCAGUUUUGUCUCAAUGCACUUUGAGAAUGCAUUUGUACAGUGCCUCAUGCAAACCAGGCUUUCCAAUGUCCACAGAUGUUGCAAUCAUGGAAAUCGCCCAGCAUUGGCUGCAACUGAAAAAAUUGCCACUACAUUUGUGGUGUAUUGUGGAAAUGUCUGUUCCUGCAUCUGCAGGGACAUUGGGGGAGCACUGUGUGGUUAUUGAGGUUGAUAUUGUGAGCUGGCUUUCCUGCUAAGAGUUAGCAGUGGCAGUGAAGUCAGUUACUGACACUAAAUAUUGGGAUAUUUAAAAAAGAAGUGUUGGGUGCUUACAGCACUGUCUGGGGGCUCAUGGAAGUCUUUUUAUUUGUCUUGAGGUUUCAGUAUCACCUUGCACUUGUUGCUGGCUGACCUUUCCCUUGUGACUCUUUCUUGUAGGGAUUUGAACAUGUCUGAGUUCGUUUGCGACCCGGCAGCAAGCCCAUAUGUGUAUGACCUCAUUGCUGUUUCCAAUCACUAUGGAGGCAUGGGUGUUGGUCACUGUGAGUAAUUAUGUUCUUUCUGGAUGUGUAACUGCAGAAUUUCAAAAUGUUCCCAUUAGAUAAUAUGCAAGAUAAAAGGAGCUUAGUGGAAGACCUGACAGAUUUCAGUGCAGGCCCCCCCCCAGGUGUUAGUCAGGCUUGCUGGGUGUGGACUAUAGUAGUAUUUUAAGAGAAAAACUGAAUUGAGUACUCUGUGGGCAGCAAAAUACAGUUGCUCCUUCAGAUAAGAUGCUCUGGUGGAUGGAACUGCAACUGUACAAAUUUAAACUCUGGUUUCACAAAACAGGAGCAGGGGUGAUCCAGAUUUCAGCCCACUAAUGUAAUGCCAAAGUAGAUAGGGCCUAAUAUGAAUGUGUUUCCUAGUACAAGCUAUUUGUUGCUUAUUCCUACUGGUUGACAUCCACUGGUCCAGAACAAUGGGUUGAUCUCUGCUCCAUCAGGUGAGAAGUUGACUUUUUGAAGAAGGGUUUGACUUGGGGCUGGUUUAUCAAGCUGCUUCCAUUCCCCACUCUGCCUCGUAAAAGGACUAAGAGAAACACUUCAAAUGUGGUCUUGACUUUUGAACAAUGCCUGUGCAUCCCCGAUUAUGUAAAGGCAGUCACUAUUCCCUAUGAGUGUGCAUUUUGGAGGUGGGGCUUUAAAAAACAACAGCUUGUGAGUUGCGUGUGUACCACACAAAUGCUCAUUGGACCUUUGCUAUUAAAAAUGUGAAGCUAUGCCUUGCCCCAAUGCAGUGCUGCUCCUUCUCAGUAACUUUCUCUUUUAUUAUAACUAGAGUACAUGCCUUCUUAAACCAAUAGCCUUUGCUCUGCUUCAAAUCAAGGCUUUCUUUCUCUGUCCCACUGAACCUCCAUCACAUUUGUACCACUGGAGGAUUGGGACUAGCAUCUUUGUAGUUGCUCCUGUUGCACCAAAAAUACUUCCUGUGCAAAACAUAAAACUAUUCAAUUAAGUCGUAGAAGAGAAUCUACAAGUUACAUCUGAUUAAACUGUUCAAGGUUUGCCACAUAUUUGACACAGAUAGCAAAUCAGAAUGUUUUUCUAAUCUCAAACUAUUAAUGGCUCUUCGUGAUUUAUUCAUGCUCCUUUUGGCCAUUGUCAGCUAGGCACAAAGUGGCCUUUGAUGACUGAGUUUAACACAAAAAAUGGAACUGUGGGCUAUCAGCACUUGUAAAUCUCACUCUGUACCUCUAAACAAGUCCAUUACGUCUCUUCUGCUUCCCUGGUAGAUACUGCAUAUGCUAAGAAUAAAGUGAAUGGCAAAUGGUACUACUUUGAUGACAGCAGUGUGUCUCCAGCAUCCGAAGAGCAAAUAGUGGUAUGUAUUUGAAGUCAACUGAGUAUACCUUGAUGUACUCUGUAACUUUAAGAAUUACAGGGGCGUUGCUGAGUACUUAAAUUGAGGCUCAGACCAACAAUACACAUUUUCAUCGCUGCAUAGUUCUAUCCAUGAAGAUGUGGUUGACAGGGAUUUCAUUGGCACUUCACUUUUCAGUGUGCCUGGCUGCUGUGUAAGCAGUGUGUUUAAAAACCUUUCUUUUAAAAAGGGCAUGAGAUCUGAGAUUCAGCCUCCCCCCCGAAUACUCCCUAACAAUGUUUAUGCAGCUGCUAAGUCAGCACAGUUGCGAGGUAGGAAUGGACAUGCAGAAUGUUUCCUAAAAAGAAUUGAGGCAUACGCCUGGAAACUCAUAAGGAAGAUGGAGCUGAGUGCAGCUCUGUUUGACUUGGUCAGACUUUCUUGACACUGUUUGCCUAAAUCACUUUCAGGAAUGAAUGCUGGAUUAUCUAUUUCUAUCGAACACAGGUAGCGAACAUAGGUCCCUCCAGAUGUGGCACUACAGUUUCCAUUGGCUCCAGCCAGUAUGGUGAACGGUCAGGGAUGAUAGAGAGUUGUAGUCCAAAACAUGCAGAGUGCACCAAGUUGUGGGAGGCUGCUCUAGAUCUACAGAGCUACUAGAGAACAGGGUAUUGGUACUGGGACUUCUCUUGCAUGCAGGCUUGAAGACCAAUUUAAUCCCAUUAUUUCUCACCUUGCCUUGCAGACAAAAGCGGCAUAUGUCCUCUUCUACCAACGUAGAGAUGGCAUGCUCAAGGGAAACCCCGCUCCUUGCAUAAGCACUGAGCUGAAAUCUGAGGAAUGUGAUGGCAUGGAUACCAACUGAACCUAUGUGGUGGGGUUUAAACAAGUCAUAUUGCUAAUUUUAAAAGGCAUCCAAGAACUGAUUUUUGUAAGAAUCAAACAGGAGUUUCAGUACAGAAGGACUCAUUGAGCAGUAACUAUGGAUAGCAUAGGGAAGCAAUAAGAUGUCAAGGACUUGGGUAUAUCAUAGCCAAAGAGCUUUUAAACAAAUAGUUAUUCAAUAAAGUGUUAUCUAAAUCUGACUGUGUAGUCUGGCAGAAACUGUGUGGAAGCAGGAGCUAUGCUGUAUGACUGGAGCAAUGCAUGAAAGCAGGGCUGUGUUGCAAGAGGAAACAACAUUUGACUGUAAGUAGAACUCUGGUUUGAGCUCUAUGCAUUGCAGAAGAUGCCUGAGUGCUUGUGUUUCCAGAGUAAAAGAGAAGUGAACAUUUGGCACAAGUUCCAAUCUUGCACAGCACAUUUUGGCGCUAUGUUCCUGUCAGUCCCUUGCUGACAUGGCAUGGUGAGCUUGUGUGUGCUUUUAAUAAAAAGAGAAAAUUGCAUAUUUGUUCUGGCUCAUUGUGUCCCAUACAGGAGUCACAAUCCCCACAUUUUCUUGUUGCGUGCUAAUAAAACAAUUAUUUAGGAUCCGUCCCAAAGAUUAACUCUCCCCUACCCCCAGCCUUUCCAGCAGCAGUAUUCAUGGGGCCUAUUCUUCACACCAACUCACAUGAAGACUUAUAUGCUCUGAGUUUCUUCCUGAUCUAGUUGGUAACUUACAUAUUGUGCAAUCACAAGGCUUCUUUAUUCAAGUGUCUCAUUGGGGAGCUAAAAUAACUUUCCCUGGUAGUUUUUGAAAUUCCGCUGUCAACUGUCUUCUAUUUCUCUGCACUUUCAGCCGCACCAUGAAAAGUUCAGAGUCCAUCUCUUGAAGGCUGCAUAGGAAUCAGUGUCCAGUGGCAUAUGUCCUUUUGGGUGGUCUCAGACACACUAUUUUUCUUUCUAGCCAUUUCAUUUCUCUUUUUGUAAUCUUCUGCUAUCCUCAUACCUCCUUAGUAUUUUUUUCUCAUUGGCUGAGAGAUGGCAAGAGUAAAUGUUGUUUGACUUCUUCCUACCCACAGCCUCCUCCUCCACGGAGGAUGAUAGACAAGAACCUUCUAGGAAAGGAGCUUUCAGGUAACGCCGUGGAAUUCCCAUGCACACUGCUAUGACACCUUAAGGCAUUUCCCAUUUAGUGUCAUGGCUUUGAAACUACCUUGGCACCUGUGUAAAGGUGUUUCACUUUUGUGCUCUGAACAGAUUCCCACGGAUUCCCUUCAGCAAACUAAGAAAUAUUCCUCUCCCAGACUGCUUCUGUGCUGAUCUUUAUCAGCAUGACGUCAGGCAAGUGGUAGCCAGUGGCAUUGUCAGGCCACAUCAUUUUAACAGAACUGAUUAAAAGUGAUUGUGUUCUUUUUAACUUACAGAGCAGAAGAGUCCUCAUUGCUGUCAGCUGCAUUUUGCUCACUAUCUUCCAGUGAUUACUGUUGCGUUCUCCAGGAUAGUCCUUUUAAACACUGAAAUUUGAGUUGUUUGGUUCAGUUGCUAAUGCUUCCAGGUUCUUUAAUUGAUUUGAGGUCUUGUCUCAACUGGAUAUUAUUUUCCUGCACACUUGGGUUGGUGGGUGGGGUUAGGGCUGGAAUUAUUUAAAGGCUAAGUUCAAACUGUAGCAUUGCACUGUUUUGUUUUUUCCUGUUUUUCUGGGUUAUAUUUACUUUGGAAUGUAACAUUUGGACAGAUAAGGAAACAGAUAUUUAAAAGCAAAGAGCAAUUUAAUGUAACCAUAUGUAUUUCUGUUCCAUACUGUUGCAGCAAUCUUUUCACUGCUCUGUAUGGUCAGAUAGUGUGCACAUUUGUGUUUGGGUGAUUUUUGGGCUCCUGAACUAAAUUUCUUCUAAAUGCUGUAAAGAUGGUAUUAGGAACCUGGAUUUGCCUCUGACCAGGCUGGAUCCUAGCUGGUGUGUACAUUCUGUAUAGUGUCAAAACCUGUUUUUAGACUAGCACUUUGUAAGUGACUGGCUUUACUGUAUAAAAGGGAAAAAAAUUAAAAAGGAGUGGAUUGCACUUGAGUGUGGACUUUGUUUUUUCUGUAUGGUGGAUGGGGAUUUGAAAUAGAUACUCAAACCUGUAUCUCUAGUUUUUAAUUGGUAGUCUGUAUGAAACACCGCAAAUGUUAUAGGAACUUUAUUUUCUGCAGAAGUGUGUGUUUUGGAAUACAGUGGUGCUCUGCAAUUUUAUUAUUGAUUAUUUAUUAUUUAGACUUGUUACUCAUUUGUUACCCAAAGGAUUCCAAGUGACUUGUGUUUUAAAAAUCAUGGUACAUGUAGAUAAAUGUGCCCGGGAUAUGCAUGUAGAUAAAUGCACAAUUCCAAAAAAUAUCAUCUCUGUCUGUAAAUAUAUCUCUCUCUCCUCUCUCCCACCCCCUCCCAAGGAAAUAAAGUCAUUGCAAACCAGCACUAUAUACAAGGUUGCGAGAGCACAGUAGUACCUAGUACAAAUAAAUUUGAUCAAAAUUAGCUUUAUUUUGAAAUUGCUUCUGAAAACUCUGGGCCAGCUUUUAUCUGUAAGGUAUUCAACUAGCACAUCCCAUCAGAGCAAGGAUUUCCAUUUGCUGAGACAUUAAUUUCCUAUUUGGCUUGGGAGGAAAUAGCUUUAUCUCUGAUUCCCAUUGUAAAAAGUAGAUCUGAAUGACUGUAGUGUAAGCAAUGUAUUUGAUGACACUAACUUAAGAAGCUUUUAUUAUUAUAAAGCAUAAAAGGUGGGGUAAGUACAGUGAUACCUCAGGUUGCAGGUGCUUCAGGUUACAGACUCCGCUAACCCAGAAAUAGUACCUUGGGUUAAGAACUUUGCUUCAGGAUGAAAACAGAAAUCAUGCGACGGCAGCGGGAGGCCCCAUUAGCUAAAGUGGUGCUUCAGGUUAAGAACAGUUUCAGGUUAAGAACGAACCUGUGGAACGAAUUAAGUUCUUAACCAGAGGUACCAAUGUAAUGGAAAAAGACAAGACCAGAAUAUAUUUACAGUAAUACAAACUAUAAUUUACACCUGAUACCAUUGUGCUGGCUACGCCUAAAAUAUUUUUGACUAUGUAGGCAAGAUUAUAAAAUGGAUUAGAGGUGCAUCUCAUGUAAAAACAUUAUUUUUGUCAUUUUGAUUUCUAAAAUGGAACUAGUUUUCUUUGUUAACUUCUCCAGCUAUGUGAUCAGAGUAUGGAAAGAAUUAAAAUUACUGUUAAAGCACAAAAGGACAGUUGGAAGAAAGUUGAAUAGCUGAUUUCCUUCUUUGCCAAUCCAUGUUAAAAUGUGGGGGUUCUUGAGUGAAUCCUAGUAUAGUAUUAAGUCCUACAUUGGAUCAGCUAUGGAGCAGUGCCAAGGAAAAGGCAGAGGUGACAGAAAGAUGCCAAAGAGAUAAAGAACUACAUAACUUUUAGACAUAGGGAAGUUUUUAAUGUUUUGAUAUUUUACUAUGUUAUAUAUAUGCUGUCAGAUGGCCAGAGUAGCUGGGGAAACCCAGUAAGAUGGGUAUAAAUAAUAAAAUUCAUUAUUCUU